AUGACGUCCACAGGUGAUGACGAGAAAAGCUGCAUAGAUAAGUUAAAUAUGAUGAAGGAUGAACUUAAAAAUAUAGAAGAGAAUGUACAAAAACCAGUUGAAUUAUUUUCAAAUGAGGAUGUAAGUGGUGAAGCAUUGUAUAAAUUUGAAACACCUGGUAAAAGAAAUUCAAUGAUGCAUAAGGCACAUUUAUGCUAUACACCUGUUAGUACACGAAAAGAAAAGCCAUUGAUACCUAAAGUUAUGCUUGAAAGAGUAGAACUAAAUAGUAAAGAUCUAUUAGAAUCAUUUGAAAAAAAGUCUAUUCCUCAUGUUAGGAGUAAAUAUAAAGCUGAAUUAAAUUUAAGUGAAAGUGAAAGUAUAUCAGAACCCAGUGAGUAUGCACCAUCCGAUGAUGAUAGUGAAGAUAAAACAGAUGGUAGUGAGAAUGCAGUGUCCAGUAAUGAUGAAAUGGAUAAAACUGAAAGAAAAGUUCAAAAACAAAAAUUUAUGUUGCAUUCAAAUUUAUUGAGUACACCAAAAAGAAUAAAUAGAGGAAAUAAACCUGCAGUUAUUCAUAAAGACUUUCACAUGCAAACUGAUGAAUACUUUGCAACACAAUCAGAGAAAGUACUCACAUCUGAUAGGACAUUAGAACGUUUAUGUAAUUCCCGUUUAACAAAAGAAAACUUGGAGCAAUUAUUAGCAAAUCAAAAUUAUGUAUCCACACAGCAUACAAAGAAUAUUUAUUCAAUAACUAAAAGCUAUACCACAUUAUUUCCUAUGUGGUAUUUCAUUAUGGAACAGGGUUAUACUGUGUUACUUUAUGGUUUGGGAUCAAAAAGAUGUUUAAUUAAUGAUUUUCAUAAAAGUAUAUCUUAUCAUCCAUCAUUAGUAGUAAAUGGUUUUUUCCCUAGUUUAACUACGAAAGAAAUUUUAGAUGGUAUAAUUGUUGAUUUGUUGGAGUUACAUAGCCCUAGUAAUAUCGCGGAAAGUUGUAUAGAACUUAUUGAAAAAGCUCUGAAAAAGAAUCCGGAAGAUAGACUUUAUUUGUUAAUACAUAAUAUAGAUGGCUUAAUGUUACGUUCGAGUAAAGCUCAAGAUUUGCUGUCUUCUCUUGCAAACAUACCGAAUCUCUGUGUUUUAGCAUCAGUUGAUCACAUCAACGCACCUUUAUUAUGGGAUCACACAAAACGUUCUAAAUUCAAUUUCUUCUGGUGGGAUACAACAACAUUUUUGCCAUAUCAAGAAGAAACAUCUUAUGAAGGUUCACUUUUGGUACAACAAAGUAGUGCUCUUGCUUUGUCAUCUCUUCAUAACGUUUUCUUAUCUUUAACUUCGAAUGCUAAGUCAAUCUACAUCCUACUUGCUGAGUACCAAUUAAAAAAUUGCAGUAAUGUUAAUUACACUGGAAUGGCGUUCAAAGAUCUUUAUCGAGCUGCUCGCGAAGGAUUUCUUGUAAGUUCAGAUAUAGCGUUAAGAGCACAGUUGACUGAAUUUAUAGAUCACAAAUUAGUGAAAAUAAAACGCAACAUAGAUAGCGUUGAACAUCUUAUGAUCCCGUUAAGUAAUGGACUUUUAAAACAGUUUCUAGAGGAACAUAAGUCAUGA